AUGUCACUCUUUAAGAAGACUUAUGGGUCCAAUAUUAAGUAUCACCAUGCCCGUAGAGGGAAAGAAGAUGUAUUUGAAGAUCAAUAUGGUGACGGUGAGAAGUCGUAUAGCCAUUUAAAUUGGUAUGUGAAAUCCAUUGAGCAAACUAAUCCUGAUAGCUUUGUGAAACUUGAAGUUUAUGAAGAAACUGGAAGAUUUAAGCGGAUUUUCAUCUGUUUCGGUGCUUGCAAGCAUAGAUAUAGGUAUCUCAGGCCCAUGAUUUACUUGGACGCUACUUUCCUCAUUGGUAGAUUCAGGGGUACUUUGAUGGCUGCAACAUGUGUCAAUGGAAAUGAUGGUUUUUACCCAUAUGCCUUUGCUAUUGUUUUAUCUGAAAACAAAGACAAUUGGUUUUGGUUUCUGGAUAAUCUUCAACAAGUGGUCGAUGAUCGUCCGAUUGUUUUCCUUAGUGAUCGUCACGAAGGACUUCUACUGGGCAUUCCAAGAGCAUUUCCGGAUUCAUAUCACAGCUAUUGCUUUUACCACAUCAAGACCAUUCCAAAUGAGAAAUGGGCAAAUGCAUUUUUUCCUGUGUGCAGAUAUGCUGCUCACUUUUCAUCUAUUGCCGAGUCAUUCAAUAACUGGAUUCUUGAGUUCAAAAAGCUGCCUGCUUUUGCUCUUCUCAGUGCGAUACUUUUGAAGGUUAUGCAGAUGAAUUCUAAGACAAGGGUAGAAGGUCUUGAAAUUUUUAACACUAGGCUCACUCUCGUAUACGAGGAUUUACUAAACGAGAACAUCAACAUUGGUCGUACUUGGACUGUUGUUGAGUCUAUGGAAAGAUUGUAUGAAGUCAGGUCUCCCCGCACUCAUUCUGUAGAUCUGUUGGAGAGAACUUGUACGUGUCACAGGUGGCAAGUAAAUGGUUUUCCCUGCGCACAUGCUUGUGCUGCCAUUCAAUCUACAAGGGAGGACAUCUAUUCAUUUGUUGAGCCAUACUUCACCACUGAAUGGUACAACAGGAAAUACCAAGAGAUCAUCUUGCCAAUCCCCAAUUAUGACAAGCCGCAGUCUUAUAAUUCUAGUAAUAGGAUUAUUUUUCCUAUUCCUUUGCCCCUCCCCCCGGUAGACGAAGAGAACAGCGUUUCAAGAAGGCUUGGGAGAAGCAAAAGAGGCCUAUGA